CCCCACAGGCGCCCACAGACAGGUGUAGGGCAGGAACCCUUUUACCACCGCGGACUGUGAAAUUUCGGAGGAGUCUUCUUUUUGAGCUUCACUCUCGCCAAAAUUGGAGCCGAAUGAUAACCCUCGUUCAAGCCUACAACCACGAUUAGUACUAACAUCCCCCCCUCGUAGCCACAAUGUCGGAAAAGGCCCAAAACCCCAUGCGGGAGCUCCGCAUCCAGAAGCUCGUUCUCAACAUCUCGGUCGGUGAAUCUGGCGAUAGAUUGACGCGUGCUGCGAAGGUCUUGGAGCAGCUGAGCGGUCAGACUCCUGUCUACAGCAAGGCUCGCUACACCGUCCGAACCUUCGGCAUCCGACGUAACGAAAAGAUCGCCGUCCAUGUCACUGUCCGUGGGCCCAAGGCCGAGGAAAUCCUGGAGCGUGGCCUCAAGGUAAAGGAAUACGAACUGCGCAAGCGCAACUUCAGCGAGACCGGCAACUUCGGCUUCGGUAUUAGCGAACAUAUCGAUCUGGGUAUCAAGUACGACCCGGCCAUCGGCAUCUACGGCAUGGACUUCUACUGCUGCAUGACGCGCCCUGGCGAGCGAGUCACCCGCCGACGACGAUGCAAGAGCCGCAUUGGCUCCGGCCACCGCAUCAACCGCGACGAGACCGUGAAGUGGUUCAAGCAGCGGUUCGACGGCAUCGUCCGGUAAAUCCUUUCCGAGACCUUGGGCGACACGGGAGGGAACUACAUGGCGUUGUUGGCUGGAUGCAUUGAUUCGGGGGAAUCUGGAACAAAAAGAUUCAUGGAUUUGUACCUAGUGAAUUCUGGCGAGUUGCUUCGUCAUUCUGGCAUGACUUGAAUCAAGUCAGCUACGGCCUCAGA